UCAGGUCGCCAAAGCAAAAUAACGCUGACUCUCAACAUUGAUGCUGCCGCUAUUUGCACCUCCUUGUCACUCUUCCUUUCUUCUGCUAUCUUGACUGCUCGGUCAAGGACGCAUCAUUCACCACAAGUUAAUAGCCAUCUUCUCACGGCAAACGCUGCGCCUGCGGCUUUUGUCUCCUCAUUCGUCUCUUCCUUUCUCUCGAUUCCUACUCGUUAAUCACCUUCAUUUUGCUCACGCUGGCACCUACACGAUGACAGAUGUCGCGUGGAAACACGAGAGUGAUGGCGGCGAAGACCCAAGUAUCUUCAAGCCCCAACUUCAAAAGCCUGUCCCUGUCAUGCGGACUGUCAAAUACUUCAUGGACGGUCUCAACAAUGGAUCAAUCGAUAUCGACCCUGACUACCAGAGAGAUGUGGUUUGGCCUGCGGACCGCAUGUCUAGCUUGAUAAACUCAUUGAUGGAAAAUUACUACGUACCUCCCAUCAUCUUGAACAGAAAGAGGGUUAUGAAAAAACAUGUUCACAUGUGCGUGGACGGCAAGCAGCGCCUCACUUCUGUGAAGCGCUUCAUUCAGGGUGAUAUCCCAUGCCGCGAUCACGACGGCGAGAAAUGGUUUUUCACCGACAAUAAUUCGACCAAGCAGAAAAAGAACAUCCUCCCUGAGGAGAUUCAGAACGAAUUCUGGACGAAAGAUUUUGUGUCUAUCGAGUACUGCGAUAUAUUUCCUGAGCAAGAAGAGGAUCUGUUUGCCAGGGUUCAGAUGGGGAUGCCACUGACUCCUGCCGAGAAAUUACGCGCGUCAAGUGGUCCCUGGCAGGAACUCACUAGACGUUAUCUGAACGACUUCCCGGCUAUCUACCAACUCCUAAAAGAUGUUUCCCAUGCCAGGGAUUUCGCCAUCACCAUGGAAUGCUUUACCCAGAUUAUGGAGGUGCAGCAGAAUCGGCCGUCUAAUGAUAAAGCUCCUGUUUUUAGGUGCACUGUCAUCCAGGCAACGAAACUCGCAAACGCCUACAAAGAUGAGCUUGACGACGCCACAAAGUCUCACAUGGCACGUGUAUGGACCACCUUUCAGGAGCUGGUCGACAUGGAUCCGAUUACUUUCAACAAUGCUGAUAAGCACCUGCAUGGAGUGCAAACCUUUGCCCCGUUGGAGAUGGUUGCAACAACUGUGUUGAUUUCAAUGUACGUAGAAACGCGAAGCAACCGCGUACUCCUCGAGUAUGUGCGGGCAAUGCGGACAGCGCUUCGCGAGGAGUACAAGGAAUUGAGGAUCAGCGUAGAGGCUUGGAAGUCUGUGUGGAGGUGGCUUUCGCGUCCACCGCAUUACGGAAACUCCAACAGUGAACAAGAGAUUACCAAUACACAGAAUGUUGCCAUGGAGUCGGCAAGGCGCCCACGCGCUAAUUUGCUAGCAUUAAGGCAGCAUGGCCUAGCAACGCAGAAAAGCAAUAAUUCUAUACCUGACGCUACCAAGGACAGACCGACAAAGAAACGCCGCAUCGGCUCAAAAGCUGCGAUAUGCCCAUCUCCAGAGCUGCCACCAACAUCCACAGAUGAUUUCAGUACUGCGCAAGACAUCUUGCCAGUGAGCUCAACUUCAGCGCGAAAAACCCGAGUUCCAUCCAAACGAAUGAGUACAGAACUCUCCUCAAAGUCCCCACAAGCACAGCCCAGUCUCCCUCUUACCCCAUCAGAGGUCAGACAAAAUCGGAUUUCUGAGCUGAACAGUUAUCGUGCGCCUCUAGCACCCAUGGGUCAGGUGUCACCAUUUACCUCAGUGGGACCGCAUGCCCGUCAAAAAGAGAACCAAGCACCGACAAUGUCCCGGCGCAAAAUAAUCCAGAUCGAAACCCCGUCAACGCAAUCAAAGUCCAAUUCACCCACUAUACCACAUUUGGAUGGCACAGUCGAUGAAAUGCAUGAUAAUGGACGAGAAAGAGAAACUGGGCCGGAGCUCUGGGCGUCCUUCUGUUCAAGGACAGUGGGUAAACGUCAACAGCGGACUGUUAGUGAACAGUCACCCACCUGGAAUGACAUUCAACAUGGCCACACGGUUAGCUCCACGGGGAAGACGAUGGCUCGACGGCGUAUAAUUGACCUAGUUUCAUGA